GACAGGUUAAUUGUAAGUAGCUGUGUGACAAAAACGCCGUAUGGCUGCGUUAUGUGGUUUUGUCGGUGUUUACGAGCGCUAAUCGUCCAAAUUCGCAGUGAGUGUGAGUACUGAGAGGCUGAACUGACAAAUGAAUGAUUUUAUUUCUAGCGUCGACGGCUGCAAGUCAUGAGACACUCAUGCUGUGGUGAUGGUGAAUUAAUAUCUAAAGACUACCUGAUGACAAGACCAGACCCAGAGCCUGCCUUUAUCACCUACUGUCAUCAAACAAAUGCAACCUCUUAAAACACACUAGUUCUGCAACUCAGCAUAUUUCUUGCCUUAUUGUUACCUUUCCACUGUACCAGCAAAUCCUCAAGCAUUAUCUACCUGCUCGACACUUGUCCAGGUGCUUCCACUGGCUGUGAAAAGCCCCUCCAUAGGUUUUUCUUACUCUAGAGAGCCUCUAUUCCCAAAUGAUGCGGACAGACAGCAAGGGCCGAAGCGCCUCCCCUCACAGGAUAACCUACAAGUCUGACUUUCAUGCCAUCAAAUGUUCAUUUGACACUGCGACCAGUCUACAAACAGGGACCAAAGCUGCUGCUGCUGCUGCUGCUGCUGCUGCUGCCAAUCGCUCUGCUGUCCACCCAACCACGCUGCCAUCCAGCCUGUCAGAUCCCAAAAUGUCCCACACCAGCACCAGUGCCAGCACAGGCAGCAGAGGGAGGGUCCACAGCACCAGGGGGACCAAGAUCAGAGACAACAUCUUCCUGCAAAUGGACAACCAGCAGCUGAAACAAGAUGGUGUCCCAGUGCAGAGUUCUGGCUCCAUGCCCCUUCUUUCUCCUUACAAUCCCAGCCCACAGCUCCAGACUUCACCUUUCUGCACAUCAAGGCGUUCAGUUGUCAGCUCCUUGUCUGUUCUGAGCGCUGCAGCCAGCAUGUCUAUUCCAGAAUCUUCCGUGCUAGAUAAACCAUCCAGAUCAGAGGAGAUAGCAGAUAUUGACAGAGCUGCUCUGGCUCAGAAGUUCUCUGUAACCCGGAGGUUGUUUGAGACCAAGAUGAUGGAAGUCGGAAGUGGUGGAGGACAGAUUUCUAAAGGUGUUGCUAGCAGGGGAAGCAAGGGGAUGGCAGAUGGGAAAGGUGAUGGGGAAGAGGGAAUAGGAAGAGUCAGCCAAGUUGAAAAAGAGGAAGAUGGAAGUGGGAAAAUGAAUCACGCAGAGGAGGACAGCUUUGAUAAAGACAAAUCCAUAAACCCACCCAUCAUAAAUAUUUCCUCUCCAAAGCCUCCUGCACAGGCCUCGCCGACAAGGCACCCUAAAUCUCCUGUAUCACAUGGCCCUAGUGAAUCAUCCAACAAAUCUCCCUCCUAUCUCGACACACAUGGUCAAACCACAGCAUCACAAACAGAGGGAGAAAGAACAGCAACUCUUGACCUCUACUUGACCCCUGAGGAGCCAGUGAGGGCAGAACUAGUUGACGUAAAGAACGGGUCGUCAGAAAGCGAUGAGAAUGAGGAAGAAAAGGAGCGGAGAGAGGAUAAAAACUGGCUGAAGGAUAGGGGAGGGAAGAAUAAAGCUGCAGGAGAAAGUGUUCAGGAGCUAAUGGAUGAUGUUUUUGAGGAGCCCAGUGUGGAAACACCAAGAGCUUGUGUGCUGGAAAACAGAGUAUGUGCCAUAGAGGGUGGGCCAGAAGAGCACCAGAAGGAGUUAUCAGCCAGCACGUCAUGUAAAAGUGAGACUAACAAUGACAGGGAGGGUGGAAGAGACAAGUAUCAGCAGGUGAAUGAAGAAUGGGAGGGUGAAAGGGAGGAGCAGAAGAGACAGUUCAUGGCAUGCACCGAGAAGUCAACAGAUAAGAGGGACCACGGGGAGAAAAAGACUGUUGCAGGAGUGGAAGAAAGUGCUGGAAGGACAAAUAGGGGCAUGAUGCAAGAGGGGGAUGACAAGGAAGUUGACACAUUCAGUGUGGGGAAGAGAAAAGGUGGAGAAGAAUGCAAACAAAGUCAAGACGAGAAGGUGAGAGCCGAGAAAGAAGGCUCAACAUCUGAGCUGCGAGAAGUCAAGCAUGAGGAACGCAGGGAAGGCAUUGAUGGAAAAGAUGAUACAGGAGGGGGCAAAGAGGACCAGGCUGGAUCUGCAGUUAUCUGUGGGAUUGAGAACGAGGCCUUUGUAUAUGAGCAGGAAUCCCAGUCUCAGCAGGAAAAUUCCACACAUGGAGAUCAGCCUUUAUUGGGGUGUGAGGAGAUCCCUGGUGUGCCUGAACUGUCCGAUGAGGAGGAUGCAGCAGAGGUUGCAAAGAGAAAGGUCAAGUUCUCCUCAGCACCAAUCAAGGUGUACAACACUUACUCGAACGCAGAUUACGACAGACACAACGAGGACAUUGACCCGGUGUCCGCCUCGGCUGAGUUUGAGCUGGAGAAGAGAGUGGAAAAGAUGGAUGUCUUUCCAGUGGAGAUAGAGAAGGGAGAUGACGGUCUGGGCAUCAGCAUAAUAGGCAUGGGCGUAGGAGCUGACCAAGGACUGGAAAAACUGGGAAUCUUUGUCAAGACAGUCACUGAAGGUGGAGCAACACAGAAGGAUGGAAGGAUUCAGGUGAAUGACCAGAUAGUGGAGGUGGAUGGGGUCAGUUUGGUUGGAGUGUCCCAGCUGUUUGCAGCCACAGUCCUCAAGAACACGUCAGGCCUCGUCAAGUUUUUGAUUGGCAGAGAGAAGGAGGGCGUGGAGAGCGAGGUGGCAAGACUGAUCAACGAGAGCUUGGAGAUGGACAAAACAUCCAGAAAGAAGGUAAGAGCAAGCACUGAUGAGGAUACUGACGGCAGCUUGUCAGAGAGGUCACUGGCUGAAGAAGAGGAGGAAGAUGAAGAGGAGGACGUGUCCCUUCUUUCCAGUCUGGACAACUACCAGCUCUGCCUCAAAUACCAGCAGCUUCAGUCAAAACUACGAAGCAGAACAGCCCAACUUCACCGAGCCAGAGAAAAGGUAAAGGCAUGGGAGGAGCAGCAGGCCUAUUGGGAGAGCCAGAGGGCUGAGCUGGAGCAAAGAGCCGAAGAUGGAGAGGAGAAAGCUGACAAACUAGAGAAGUAUUGGCAAGAGGCCCAGACACUGUGCAGGGUUGUGAGCCAACGACUGGCUGAUGCCCAGAGCCAAUCAGAAAGCUUGGAGGUCAAAUACAGCAAGGCCAAGAGACUGGUCAGAGAAUACCAGAGCAGAGAUGAGGAGAGGGAGAGGAGAGAAGCAGACUUGAGAGCAGAAAUGGUGGAGAGAGAUAAGCUGCACAGAGAGACAGUUGAAAGACUGCAAAUCCAGAUAGCACAGCUAGAGAGAAAAGAGCCUGCACCUGAAGGGAAGAACCACUCUGUGGACCCUUCAGUCACAGACUGGCAUAUUCCAGUUCCUGAUACAGGACGUCUUGACUGCAGUGCUCACAUAGCCAGAGCUCAGCUGGCCCAGAAAUCCAAACGCCACCCACCCUCUCGAGACAAACUCAGAGAGAGCUUCAGAAAACAGGAAGAUGAAGUACAGAAAGCACAGGAGAGCCAAUCGCUUUCUGCUCCCACAGCGAUGCAGAGGAACAGCAGGAGUGACCUGUCCAGUGCCUCAUCUUUCUCAGCCCUCAGUCCUCACCCUCCCACCGGCUCCGUCUUCACCCCUCCCAUCUACAUCAGUGACACCGUCACUCCCUCGCCAUGCAAAUCCUCCGCAUCCAGAAAGUCCAAAAGGAAAUUUCCAGACUUCAGUGGCCUUCGCAAAUCUCUCAGCAAACGGAGAAGUGAGAAACACAAGAAAAGGUCUAUGAACAACAGCAGGGGGUCCUGUGGUGACCUGGUGGAUGAGCCCACUGGAGUUUCUCCGUCAGGCUCAGUCACCUCCAUGCCGUCUUGUCUGCCCUUCCCCUGGUUUGGAGAGCGUGGGAGAGAAAAGGAAGUGGACAGUGAAAGAGGCAGGGAGAGACUUCGGUCUGUGUCCAGCAGCAGCUUACCGUACCUGACCACUACAGGUAGAAGAGAUCAGAGUAUUGGCUCUCCAGUGGACAGCUCCAGCAUGGUGGGUCAUGUCUCUGAUCACUCCCUUUCUGGACACUCUCAUGUUUUCACCUUUUCCUCUACUGAGACGUUGGACGAUGACCCAGUUCCGACCAAUAACAACAACCAGUGGCAAAGUCGAUCCGUCUUGGAGUGGGACAGCCAGCAGGUGUGUCUGUGGUUAAUCGCCAUGAACAUGGAAGAGUACGCGCCUGAGUUUGCUGCCAGAGGUGUGGAUGGGACACAGCUACUGAACAUGGACAGUGAGAAACUUAAGGCUCUGGGGGUGUGCAGUCAAAGCGACCGCUCUGCCCUCAAGAGGAAGCUGAAGGAGAUAAAGAAAAGAGAGGAAAAAGGACAGAGGAAAGGAGAGAAGAGGUCAAAAGAUGAAAAGGAGAAAGAGAAGAACACAGUUCUGGAUAAGGAGGGUGAAGACAAAGAAAAGGCGAGGAUGAUGAUGGAGGGGAAGUCUGUAAAAGACGCCAGACGCAGUGGUAAAACUGUAAGAACUGAGUCACUCUUAUAAAAAGAGAGACAGGUGAUGUCGGAGAUACACCACCAGCAUAAGGGUGUGUUUGCAGCCUAACGCACAUGAAAAUACACUUGAACCCCUUUCUAUUUAGUCAAACGAAACAGAUCUACUGCACACAUCCUCUAUUGUUCACAUCUUUAUAGCUAUCAUUUAGGAAACAGAGCACAGGUUGGUUUUUAAUGAUACAGAUCUUUGGACCAGAGCUGACGCUGACUCCAGCACCAAAGUUCACACUCACAGCACAUGUGCAUCUCUCAGUAUGUGUCGGUUUUUAAGUGUGUGACAAACUGUUUCACAGUGAUGUUUUGUUUUUAUCAAGAACCUUAAAUUAUCCUUAGAAUGAUUUUAAUAUUUAACGAUGUGCUGAUUUAAGCAC